AUGGCCAUGGGACUGGAUCGAGAUAUGGACCUGAUUUCUGAAUCGAAUGCAUUCUUAAGUUCCAGUAAUCCGGUCGAAUCAAAGCUACGAGCUCAAGUCCGGUUUAUCAUCGUAGUUUCUUCCCGUUCAGCCCCGCCCCCAAUAGCAAAUACGUCAGAGGCAGAACUUACAUUCUUACAACUCUUUGCCCCGCGAUUUUUUCUCAAACCCCAGAUUCUUUCAAACCCUCGAACCUCAAUGUUCUUUAUCAUCUGA